GCUUCUAAAAUAUAACGUAUGUUGCGACUGUCAACAAAUUUGUCAUUCAUUUAUCGCAGGUAAAAUGCAAUAUUCGGUAAAGCGUUUUAUUUUAUUAUCAAUCUUCCUUUUCGACGUGAUUAUUGCGACUGAUUAUUGUAAAAUCUGCAAAAAAGGCACACAUACCCUUUGCAGGUAUAAGGAAGGCCCUUCAGAUGGUUGCACCGAAUAUAAGAAACCCGAAUUUACAACGAGUGUGAAGAAAUAUAUUAUUGAUGUUCAUAAUGAUAUUAGAAACCAUAUAGCAUCGGGUCAAGAAAUCAGAGGGCCCUUAGGAAGACAACCGGCUGCGGCGAAUAUGAACAGUUUGCAGUGGCAUCAUGAAUUGGCUGAGAUAGCGCAGAGGUGGGCAGAUCAGUGCGUUGCUGUCGAAGACAAAAAUCAACAUGAUGAAUGUAGAAAAACAGAACAAUAUGAAGUUGGACAGAAUGUUUUAACGGCACUAACAGCAACUCCCGAUGUUCCCGAAAUUGCAAUUCUGAUUUUAAAUUGGUAUAAGCAAGUCGAAAAUGUUUUGCCGUCUGAUGUAGAAACAUUUUCAGGAAUUCAAAGAGGCAAAUAUCUAAUCGGUCAAUACACGCAACUAGUAUGGGCCGAUACCAGAUUUGUUGGAUGCGGAAUGGCCACAUUCCGCAAUCGAAAUACAUCAUCUGAUUGGAAGAGCAAGUAUCUUCAUCGGUUGGUAUGCAAUUACGGACCAAGAGGAAACAUGAUUGGAUCGCCAGUGUACAAAAGAGGCAUCCCAUGUUCCAAAUGCCCGUAUGGAAGAUGCGAUUCCGUUCGAACAAAUUUGUGUUCAGGUUUGGAACAGCCAAAUAAUUAUGGGAAAUUUGGCCCCGGUAGACCAGCACCCUCAGUAAAUCCAACCCAUCGGGUCGACACUCCAAUUUCCCUAUUUAACACUUUGAGCUUACAAUAUAUUUUCGCCAAUAAUUUAACACAAGUGAUCAAUGGGAUACUGCAAAAGAUUGACGUGAGUUUGGGACCUAAACAGAAUUCGAUCGAUUCCAGUGCCAGUAAAAUACAAAAUAUUAAUGAACUGUUAUCAGUGCUCGCGUCAAUUAUACCAGACUUAAAUUUAAGCGAAGCAGGAAAUGAAGAGCAUAGUGCAUAUUCUAAUAGAAUUCCACUCGAGUCGAUAAAUAGACCAUUUUUGCGAAGCGCCUUUAAGAAAACUUCGAAUAUUUUAUAUCAGCCUGAAACAUUUAUCAGUAAGCAAACAUAUGAGUUGGAAAAUGGGCAGAUAAUUGUUGAAGAUUGUAAAAAUCACAUUGGUGAUUGUCAGUUUGAAGAUGAAAAACAGCCAGUAAUUAGUCAGCCAUCUGGAGAUAUUGUUUUACCGAAUAAUAUGAUUUACAGAAAAGCUCAAGGUGUGUGGUUUCACGGAAGAUGCCGUUGUGACUACGUAUAUAGAUCAAAACAGUUUUUGCUAAAAAUGUCCAAGUUACUCUUAGUGUUUUCAUUAUUUAUCUUAUUGUAACGUAAUAGAAUACUCUAUUAAAUGAUAAAACAUAAA